AUGUCUAUAACAUCGCCUACCAAUGAAGAGAGCGAUGAUCUCCUACUCUCCUGCAGGUACGGCGACCUUGAAGAGGUGGAGUCAUUCGUGAAAACGCAUGGGCAAAUCUCACUAGCAGAGAUCCGCGAUGAAAACGGAAACUGCAUCCUUCAUAUGGUUUGCGGAAAUGGACAUAUAGAUAUCUUAGAGCACCUUCUGCCCAUUAUACCACCAUCGCUUUUAUCAGCACAAAACAGUUCGGGUUCGACGGCCCUCCACUGGGCUGCAGUCAACUCGCAUCUCGAGGUCGCCCAAAAGCUCGUCGGAUUCCCGCAUGGUCCAGGCGUCGAUUUAAUUGACAUAAAAAAUAAGGCCGGACAUUCUCCUCUUGCCGAAGCUGAGCUCGCGGGAUGGGAUGAAGGAGCCAAAUGGUUCGUGCAGGUGAUGAAUCUAGGACCCGAGAUAGAAAAUGAGGAGGAUAGUGGAGAGAUGAGAUCUGGAGAUGCGCAAGAAAUUGAGGUCGAAAUUGAAGACGCCGAUGGCCAAGUGGCAAAAAUGACUAUCGGGAACCCUUCCACAGACUGUGCCAAAAAAUAG